AAGCUUCAUUACACGACCUUUUCCCUCACCAUUAUUUCUAGCAAAGAUGGUUGGAUUUGUCUAUUCAUCACCUCACCACAAAGGAGAUCAAAAGGCUAUAGAAAAAAUUAAGAACAAAAAGACCAUAAUUUAUCCAAAAGGCUUAGACAUCACAUGGGGCAAGGACGACCGAUACUGGCGCUUGCCUAGCCGAUACCGAAACACGAAGGACCCAAGCGCAGCUGCGGAGCUGCUGCAAGUGUCGUGGCUCGAGGUGACAUGCUCAACCAACAACAUCGAGGCUGGAAAAAGCUAUAGAGUUGGCUUCAACGUAUCGAUGGCACCAGCGGCUUUUGGAUGGAAAGGGUGUAACGUUUACAUUAUGGCUAAGAUUGGGAAGGCAGGGAAAUUUGUGUACAAAAAGAUGUCGCUAGAGAACAAAUGUUCUGUUCCAAAUAAGUUUAGUAUGCCAGAGGAGGAUCUUAUUAUCACUGUGAAACCUCCACCGAGUUCACUAGGAGACUAUUGUCUGUACUUCGGAAUGUACGAGGUUUGGAAUGGGAGGUGGAAGGGUGGACUCAUGAUCCACCAUGCAUUUGUUGAGAAGGUUAACAACUAGUAUCCAUCAUCUCCCUCGGAUAAAGAUAUCUAGUCAUAAAUUAUAGU